GCAGACUAUAUGUCUGUUUCUUAUUAAAUAAGAAAGAGUCUUUCAAAACGACUAUAUUUUAAAGAAAACCAUUGCUUAUAAUUAUUUUUAAAGAUUAUCUUUUAUAUAGUUAAUUUACGUUUAUUAAUACUUUCUGUUACACAGAUUUUACUAGUUUUAAUAAGUAUUAACUUUAUAUGAACGACCUUAAUAUCGCUUGAUUUUUUUGGGGCGAGUAUUUAUAAACUGUUUUUAAAUGUGGCUGUAAUAAAACUUUAUAAAUAGAUAGCUCUUCUUGCCGGAAAAUAUGCUAAAAUCAAGGAAAAAGAGAACUAUCACUAAUCAAAGUAAUAAUGCCAAUAAAGUUCGCAAAGAAAAUGAUCAUUUAACUUUUAGUAAUAUUUUAAUAUUCAAAAAGUCGGAGAAAUCUUGGGAAGAAAUUAUCAUUGAUGAAAAAUACUCAACAUCCUACGACUACGUUCCCCAAGUUCACAUAACUAAUUUUGUGAUUUAUGAUGAAGAAAAUCAUAUUGUUUCAAUUGAUUCUGGCAUAUUGACUAGAAAUCAUCAACUGAAACUUGACGGCUACGCUAAACCUAUAUAUAAUUUAGAUACUACGCUUACGGGUGGAAACUAUGUAAAGGAAGUUUCUGGAAUUAGUUCAUGGUUCAUAACUGGAUUUACGGAAGAAGAUAAUAUCAGGAUUGGACUUGUGAGAUGUGACGAUGGAGAUGAAAUUUGGCUAUCGGAACCGGCGGAAAUUUAUCAACCCUUCUAUAGACCACUUCUUCAAAAGUCUACAAUAUUUAAGGGCAUAAUAACUUUUGCAACGACGAGAAUAGACGAAGAUCCGUCUUAUGAGGACCUUACAAUCUAUUUGUCUGAACAAACGUUACCUGAUAAUCAAAUCUUCUCCACUGAUUUUCUUGUUUCCAAUGUGAAAUGGAUGUGGGAGCAAAUUGUCAGCUAUGACAGUGCUAGAGAUGAAAAUGAAGAAUCAAUCUUACACAUGAGAUGCCUCAGAUAUAUUAUGAAAUUGACUGGUGUCAAAUUAAACAAAAAAUUAGGAUCGACAACUAGAAUUCGGCGAAAAGAAAAGGAAUUAAGAGAGACUAAACCAAAGAAACCCAUUUUAACCAAAGCAACUGUAACACCACUAGUUAAAUAUAUAUUUGAAGAAGUAUUUCAAGGACAAUUGGCUUCUGGUAAAACGAAUGAUAACGAAGUUGAAGAAAAUGCAGAAGAUGCGGAUGAGGAAGAUUGCGAAGGGGAUGACGAUGUAACCAUUAAAAAUACUGAUAUAAAAAUUUUACAAGAAUUACGUUCAUCAUCAAGAAACUCAUCUUUGUCAUCAACAUCAUCGUCAUUAUUGGUAAAGAAUGAGAAGGAUAAUUCAGUAAGAUGGUUUAACGAUCCAAUAUUUCAAUAUUCUGGCAUAAACUAUUACGAAAGUUGCGAAUACAAUGAUAUGUGGUUGCGAGUUGGCGAUUGUAUUAGAUAUAAGGCUACAGAUAAAAUUUUACUCUUUCGAAUCAUUCAUCUAACUGAGAAUAAAUACAAAUCUCAGAAAUGGCAUGGUCACUUCUUUUUAAAAUCGUGUGAAACUCUUUUAGGAGAAUAUGGUGAACAGCAAGAACUUUUCCUAGUAGAAGAAUGCUUUGAAUCUACCUUUAAAAAUAUUAUAGAAAAGAUUGAGGUUAACUUCCUAGAUUCAGAACAACAAUGGCAAAAUAGAAAAUUUACUACAAAAGUAGAUUCAAAAGUGGAUACAAAAGAUAGGAAUAGCUAUUAUUGUUCUAAAAUGUAUAAUUCGUCUGCAGCAAUGUUUAGUGAUAUACCUGCUAUUUAUAAAGAAAUAGAUAUGUAUAGUUUGGCAGCUUCGCAUAAAAAAUCUUGUAAUUUAAAUCAAAGUAAUAAAGACACUGUUUCAAUCGAGAAAGACGGAAAAGAAAUACUAAGUGUUUCUUUUAAAAAUAUAACUUAUGAAGUUAAUGACUGCGUAUAUAUUGAAAAUGAUGCGUACACGUUUAAAGCCUUUCAACCUGAAAAAAAAGAGAAAGCUCCAGAAGAAGAUAAGACUCUGGAUAGGCCUGAAAGAUAUCGGCACCUUAGAGAUAGGAAUCCAGUGGUUCUAGCACAGCCAGUACUAAUAGGACAUAUCCGAAAGAUAUGUAGAAUUUCUUCAAAGUUAUCAGAUAAAUCGUUUGGAUUUGUAAUUAAUAAACUAUAUAGACCUGAGAAUACAAAUCUUGGCAACAAUUCAAUCUAUAGCGGCUAUCUUCAUAGAUUGUACUACUCGAAUGAAAGUGCACAGGUUACGCUUUCGCAGGUUAAAGGAAAAUGUUUUGUAAUAACUGAAGAAUACGCCGAGAAAUUCUAUCAAGAUUGCGAUGAACCGUUAGGAAGAUAUUUUGAUCAAGGGCCUGAUAGAUUUUAUAUUGCUGCUAUGUACUGCCAUAAAAGAAAUAUAUUUAAAGAUUUGCCAAGCGAUAUAAAAAAACACUUUGAGACUAAAACUAUUCAUGAGCUAAAACCUGUUAAAAAAUUAGUAACUCUCGAUGUUUUUGCUGGUUGCGGUGGACUAUCCGAAGGAUUGCAUCAGUCAGGAAUUAGCGAGGCAAAAUGGGCCAUUGAAUUUAAUACAGAUGCAGCAAACUCUUAUCAAAAAAGAUUUCCAAAUGCAAAGGUGUAUAACUUAGAUUGUAAUCAACUUCUCGAUGAAGCUUUGGAGGCUUAUGAAAAGGGUACAGAUACACCGUAUCCCAAGCCAGGAGAAGUUGAAUUACUUUGUGGAGGACCACCGUGUCAGGGAUUCUCUGGAAUGAAUAGAUUUAAUAAAAGAGACUAUUCAAAAUUUAAGAAUUCUCUUAUAGCGUCAUUUUACUCUUACUGUGACUUUUAUAGGCCAAAGUACAUAAUCAUGGAAAAUGUGAGAACAUUUUUCGUUCACAAAAAGUCCGAAGUAUUUAGGUUAACCGUUACAGCUCUGUUGAAAAUGGGAUAUCAAUGCCGUUUUGGUAUUUUACAAGCUGGUUGCUAUGGAAUUCCACAAAGUAGAAGAAGAGCAUUUAUUAUUGGUGCUGCUCCUGGUCAUAAGUUACCUAACUUUCCUGAACCUACGCAUGCAUUUUCCUUCUCAGGGCUUAAUUUAUCUGCUGGUAAUAUGAAGUUUGGAAUCUGUUUUAAAAAUUUAUACGCUCCUCUUCGCACAAUUACUGUCCGUGAUGCCAUAAUGGAUUUGCCAAAAAUUGAGAAUAAUCAAAGAGACCUUCAUACCGAACUAGAGUAUAAAGGAUUACCUGAUUCGCAUUAUCAAAGAUUGUUGAGAAAAGAUACAGGUGAUACAGUUUUUGAUCAUAUCUGUAAACCCCUCAAUGUGCUUGUAAUUGAAAGGAUUAAACAUGUACCUAAAAGUCCUAAAUCUGACUGGAGAGAUAUUCCAAAUAUAGAGAUCACACUCCAAGAUGGAAGAAUUAUUAAAAAGCUGGUAUAUGAAUAUGAUGAUAUUCAGAAUGGAAGAGGACCUAAUGGAGAGCUCAGAGGCGUUUGUAAAUGUGCAACUGUAAAGGGGAAAAUAGAAGGUCUGAAAUGCCAGGAUUUAAACCAACAGGAUACUCUAAUACCUUGGUGUCUUCCCCAUACUGGAAAUCGGCAUAACGAUUGGACUGGUUUAUAUGGAAGAUUAGACUGGAAUGGACAUUUUAUCACAACUGUGACAAAUCCAGAUCCUAUGGCAAAGCAAGGUCGCGUAGUUCAUCCAAAUCAAGAUAGAGUCGUAAGUGUUCGAGAGAAUGCUAGGUCACAAGGAUUCCCUGAUAGUUUUACUUUUUGCGGAAUAAUACCCGAACGUUAUCGACAAAUUGGAAAUGCAGUUCCUCCUCCCCUCUCCAAAGCUAUAGGUGGUGAAUUUAAGAAAAUCUUAAUGGACCAAAAGUAG